AUGGGAUCAACCACCAGAGUUAUUCGGAUGGAGGAAGUUAAGCAGCAUAAUAAGGACAAGGAUUGUUGGAUUGUCAUUCAUGACAAUGUGUAUGAUGUUUCACAAUUUCUGGAAGAACAUCCUGGAGGUGAUUUCACUAUCUUAGAGCAUGCAGGUGCCUUCGCCACAGAAGCUUUUGAAGAUGUUGGCCACUCGGAAUCAGCCCGGGAUCUAAUGAAAAAAUAUCAUGUUGGAGUUCUUGCCGAGGAAGACAAGGAAUCAACAUUAAAAUUUUCCUCAAAUUAUUCUCGGGAAAAGAUGGCUAGCUUUACGUAA